UUUUGGAAAAUUGGUCGUUUUACAAAAUUGCCGGUCAUUAUGCAAAAAGACCAAAUUCGUGGUCACAUUGCAAAAUGACCUAAAUUUCUCAACAUUUUGCAAAACGACCAAGAUUUUGGUCAGUUUACAAAAUAAACAGUAUUUUUGUUGGUCCGUUUACAAAAUCUCCAUACAGUAAGCAGCCAGAUGGAAAAAAAAGCGAGGGAAUGAUAAAACGUUACAGUUGCAGUACAUAACCAAUGAGUAUGCUUAACUGUCCUUAUUUUAGGUUCAGCUAAUCAUCUCACACACACACACACACACACACACACACACACACACACACACACACACACACACACACACACAAAGUUCGAACCACUUCUUUUUGAACACACACACACACACACACACACACACACACACACACACACACACACACUGUGAGCUGACUGUUGAUACUGUGGUCAGUCAGGCACUGCUGAAAGCCAGGAGAAGACGACCAACGUAGUGUUACUCCCAGUACUUUGUGUGUAUUUUAUUAUACUCUGGAAAUCUGUACAAUGGAAAAUAGAAAAACUGAUUUUUAUUCAAAGCUGAUAGCGGCUGAGGAGAAGAAGGCAUCAAAUACUUCGAGUUUGUUGUACAGAAAUGAAUGCGAACAAAUUAUGAAUCGCUUGGAUGAACUUAAACGUGUUAACAUUAAAAAGACUCAGAAAGACUAUCGUUUGUUACGAAAGUAUGAAAUCCUUGAAGUCACAGUUGAAGGUAUCACCGUUAAGAAAUUGCAGAAAAAGGGAACUAAUCUUAGAUUCGUAUGCGCUGAAGAUGUGUUCGAUGUGAUCGAUGCUAUUCAUCGUGCACGUGGGCAUGGAGGUAGAACUAUUGUCUUUAGGGAAACAAGUGAAAAAUAUGCCAAUGUUUCAAGAUCCCAAAUUGAGUUGUAUUUACAGUUCUGUGAGGAGUGUCAUCUGAAAAAAAGCACUGUACGCAAGUCUGUGACUGUGAAGCCAAUUGUAUCCAACAGUAUGAACUCACGAGCUCAGGUCGACUUGAUCGAUAUGCAGAGCCAGCCAGAUGGAAAACAUCGUUUCAUUCUGAACUACCAGGAUCACUUGACGAAGAUGGUGUGUCUUCGGGCUCUACAGACGAAAACUGCUGAAGAGGUUGCUUUCCACCUCGUUGAUAUAUUCUGUGACAAAGGAGCCCCCCAUAUCCUGCAGUCUGACAAUGGAAGAGAAUUCUCAAAUAAGCUUGUCAAGGAAGUUCUGAUGAUGUGGCCAGAGUGCAAGAUGGUUCAUGGCAAACCACGACAUUCCCAAUCGCAGGGCUCGGUGGAACGUGCCAACAGGGAUAUUGAAGCCAUUCUCGCAUGUUGGAUGAAGGACAACAACUCUACACAAUGGUCACAGGGACUGCGCUUUGUCCAGUGGAAGAAAAAUACCCGCUUUCACUCCGGAAUUGGAAGGACACCAUAUGAGGCCAUGUAUGGACAGAAGGCUCGUCUUGGUGUUGACGCAAAUUCUGUACCAGAGGAAGUCCUGGACGGUAUGCAGACGGAGGAGCAGCUUGCAGAGGCACUAGGUGUUGUCAAUGAGGUCACAGACACAGAGGAGGAAGAGACAGGUGUUGAAAAGCAAGAAGAAGCAUCUGCUGUCAUUAACUGCAUCUCCUGUGGCAAAAGAUAUUUUGGUUUAAAUGUGUGCAAUGUGUGUGAGAACCCAUGUCACUCUAAUACUCCGUGUUCUAUGAGGAAUAACGAUGCUGAUGAGUCUGUGCUUUGUUCCAUCUGCAGUCGGAGUCAGAGUAUUCAUACUGAACAAAUGAAGUCCAACAUAGAACAACAGAAACAAGCCCAAAAAAUGAUCGAUAAUUCUGUGAAGAGAUUUCAACCAACCAAGGUAGGGGAAACUGUGAUGGUUCCUGUUCCAUUAGUUGACCGCGGACGUGCAGAGUUUCCUAAUGUGAAGGCAGUUGUUUUUCAGGCAUUGGACAAUGGCACAUAUAAGCUUGGUACAAAACACGGCCUGCUUAAACAAGUGUACACUCGCAACCAAUUUACUCCAUGUCUAGAAAAAUUCCUUUCUCUUGAUGAUGUUGUACAGGAGCGGGAAGUAAGUCUGCGGGAAGUAGCAAUUGCAGAAUCAAUGGGACAAGGUCAGGGAUUCGCUAAAUGCUCUUGCACUAAGUCAUGUAUGACCAGACGCUGCAAGUGUUUAAAAAACUCUGUAUUAUGCAACAGCAGAUGCAAAUGCAGUGCCUCUUGCUCCAACAAGGUCGACACACAAUAAAAUUAGUUAUGUUCA